GCCUUGGGGUCGGCGAGACAGGCUGGCAGUUAGGAUAGCCACGCCCGCGGCCAUGGGGGGCUUGAAGGACGAGCUGCUCAAGGCCAUCUGGCACGCCUUCACCGCACUCGACCUGGACCACAGCGGCAAGGUCUCUAAAUCCCAGCUUAAGGAAUAAUUACCUUUGUUUGGUAAUCAAGCGUGGAGAGUGGUGUGUAUGUGAGCACGGUGUACCAGCCGGACUCCGACACAUGCUGAACAGUGUGGAAGGUCCUUUCCCAUAACCUGUGCACGGUGCUGAAGGUUCCACACGACCCUGUUGCCCUUGAAGAGCACUUCCGGGAUGACGAUGAGGGGCCUGUUUCCAAUCAAGGCUAUAUGCCGUAUUUAAACAAGUUCAUUCUGGAAAAGGUCCAAGACAACUUUGACAAGAUUGAAUUCAAUAGGAUGUGUUGGACCCUUUGUGUCAAAAAGAACCUCACCAAGAGUCCUCUGCUCAUUACAGAAGAAGAUGCAUUUAAAAUAUGGGUUAUUUUCAACUUUUUAUCUGAGGACAAGUAUCCAUUAAUUAUUGUGCCAGAAGAGAUUGAAUACCUGCUUAAGAAACUUACAGAAGCUAUGGGAGGAGGUUGGCAGCAAGAACAAUUUGAACAUUAUAAAAUCAACUUUGAUGACAGUAAAGAUGGCCUUUCUGUGUGGGAACUGAUUGAGCUUAUUGGAAAUGGACAGUUCAGCAAAGGCAUGGAUCGGCAGACAGUGUCCAUGGCGAUUAAUGAAGUCUUUAAUGAGCUUAUAUUAGAUGUGUUGAAACAGGGUUACAUGAUGAAAAAAGGCCAUAAACGGAAAAAUUGGACUGAACGUUGGUUUGUACUAAAACCCAACAUAAUUUCUUAUUAUGUGAGUGAGGAUCUGAAAGAUAAGAAAGGAGACAUUCUCUUGGAUGAAAACUGCUGUGUGGAGUCCUUGCCUGACAAAGAUGGGAAGAAAUGUCUUUUUCUCAUAAAAUGUUUUGAUAAGACCUUUGAAAUCAGUGCCUCAGAUAAGAAGAAGAAACAGGAGUGGAUUCAGGCCAUUCAUUCUACUAUCCAUCUGUUGAAGUUGGGCAGCCCCCCACCACAUAAAGAAGCCCGCCAGCGUCGGAAAGAACUGAGGAAAAAGCUGCUGGCUGAGCAGGAGGAGCUGGAGCGACAGAUGAAGGAGCUCCAGGCUGCCAACGAAAACAAGCAGCAGGAGCUGGAGACCGUGAGGAAGAAACUGGAAGAAGCAGCAUCUCGUGCAGCAGCAGAAGAAAAGAAACGUCUUCAGACUCAAGUGGAACUACAGGCCAGGUUCAGCACAGAGCUGGAGCGAGAGAAGCUUAUCAGACAGCAGAUGGAAGAACAAGUUGCCCAGAAGUCCUCUGAACUGGAACAGUAUUUGCAGCGAGUCCGGGAGCUGGAAGAUAUGUACCUAAAGCUGCAGGAGGCCCUGGAGGAUGAGAGACAGGCCCGGCAAGACGAGGAGACUGUGCGGAAGCUUCAGGCCAGGUUGCUCGAGGAAGAGUCUUCCAAGAGGGCUGAACUGGAAAAGUGGCACUUGGAGCAGCAGCAGGCCAUUCAGACGACCGAGGCGGAGAAGCAGGAGCUGGAGAAUCAGCGCGUCAUGAAAGAGCGGGCCCUGCAGGAAGCCAUGGAGCAGCUGGCGCAGCUGGAGCUCGAGCGGAAGCAGGCGCUGGAGCAGUACGAGGGAGUUAAGAAGAAGCUGGAGAUGGCAACUAGUAAGACCAAGAGCUGGAAGGACAAAGUGGCCCAGCACGAAGGAUUAAUUCGAUUGAUAGAGCCAGGUUCCAAAAACCCUCACCUGGUCACUAACUGGGGCCCUGCGGCUUUUACCCAGGCAGAACUGGAAGAGAGAGAGAAGAGCUGGAAGGGGAAGAAGAGCACGGAGUGAGGGGGUGACGAGGGGCAGGGCCCGUUGGGGGCGCAGCUCCGUAGAGCUGGAAAGCUCGAUGCUAAUGACACAGGAACUGGCUUUGCCGCUUCUGACCUUUUUCCUUUUGCGCCUCCUAUCAGGUCAAUAUACUAAGGAAGCCUUCUGAUUUCUCUGCCUGAAAAUCAGGGCUCACCUGAAAAGAAAAAAAAUUUGACCCUAUCAAGCUCUUUAUCUACUCUUUCCUUGAAAACUUCAGCUUCUGAAAAUUCCCUUUAGCUCCCUCAGGUGCUCAUGGGAAUUGGGCCACGCACACACCGUGCGGGGGGUCGCCAUCAGCCGCCGUCGGAGACAGGGUUGGGCUGUGGCCCGCUCUCCCUCCUCUGUGGCAGCAGGUCCCUGUCUCCGAGCGCAGCCUUCUAAACCAGCCCGCCGGUCUGCUGCGGGUGCCACUGCCCGGGAGGCUUGCGACUGCUGCUCCGGCUGUCCUGGCGACGUGUGACCCUUGUCCCCGCUGGUGGUUCCCAGUGCAGUUGUGCGGGGCUUUCUGCCCAAUGCGCUGCCGCUGAUUCACGUCCUGGCCCCGGUGGCCCCAACUCAAGGGAGCAAGUGCUUUGGCUGAUAGAUCCUGAGGAAUGAAAGACAGCACAGAGAUGAACUAAGCCCCAUUGGAGUGGUAAUUUGAUACUAACUGAAUUCUUUCUAAUAUUUAAAAUGGUCUGGAGGGUCAACCUGCUGCCAGACCCCCUUGCUUUUUCUUUUGUAGUUACUGUACAGAAAAUUUCAGGAGUUUGUGAAUGCUUGUUAUAAUCAGGCCUUUUCCUUAAUAAAUAGGGAUAUGAUCAUUUAUAGGAAUUACACAUGAAGAAAGUUUUUAAAAAUGUAUUUUUAUGAUGUCCUAUGUUGAGAGAGAACAAAUAUUUAUAAUUUGCAAACAUUCUUACCUAAAUAUUGUACAAUGUAAUAUGCUGAACUUUCUUAAUUUUUUGCUAAUUUUCUAAGAUAUAUUAAAAAUGUUUUGUAUGUUUG